AUGGGUUUCAUCAAGCCCUUCGUUUCCCCAACUGAUAAACGCAUUGAAACUGCUCUAGUCACUAGCGGUCGCUCCUUCGAGAGACUUGGAGGGCCCCAAGAGGCGAUGCCCAGAGUUGUGAUGUAUACGAUUGCGUUCAGAGCCGGAGCUACGGAAUCACAAAUAAGCUCACUGGAGAACUUCGAGAACCGAGAUGUUCAUGUUCAAGUGUUCCGAGAAGCAGAACGUUCUAUUAAUCGGGACCAAAGUCCGGAUUCCAAGCCUGCAAUGGUCCUUAUGCGAGUUGGCGUUGGGCAAGAAUUGUGUAUAUUAAGGUCCGUCGAUAUCGAUUUCUGGAUCCAAUAUGCGGAUCCACCAGACGUCUUGAGGCUGCGGGCCCACCUAAAUUGGACACUGAAGGAUAUGCCGUACCCCCACGGGCACUAUCGCUCUGCCAUCGAGCUUUAUGGCAUCGAAGACAUGCCGACGGUCGUUCCGAACGUUCGGGACGAUACGGGGUCGUUAAUUCACCCAUCGGAGUACAGUCAGAAAAUCACAACGGCUAUGGUCGUAGCGGACGUCAACUUGUCACUAGGCCUGGCUCCUAUCUGGUUUUCCACCUUGCUACACUUAAGUUUCAUUUUGGAAAUAGUUCGGUCUGGUUUUUUUCCUUGUGCGUGGUGGUCGAGUAACAAACGAUCACGUCGUGACUGUUCGUAAAUUGCUAUUGGUCCGCAGCUGUACUAAACAACAUUGCACAUCAGUGGACCAGUGAACAGAUGUCAGAAUGGCAUUUACAUAAAGUAAUGUAUUGUUGAGCAUUAACAAUCAGG